CUGGAAGGGACUCAGAGGUCAUCCAGUACAACACCCUUAUCUUAUAGGCUGUGAGCUCCCUCAGGGCAAAGACUGUCCCUGGUUUUCACUCUGGCAGGUCCAAGGCUUUGCACAUAGUACGCACUUGGUAAAUGGUGGGGGAACUGUGAGGCUCAAAGACAGAAAGAGACUUGCUCAAGGUCACACAGGUAAGGGUCAUAGGCCCACACAACUAGAGCUGGAGGAGAUCUCAGAGGCCAACCCUUUUAUUUUGCAGAUAAGGAAACUGAGGCCUGGAGAGGCUGCACAAGUUAUCAACAGUGGAGCUGGUCUUUGAACUCCGGAUUUACCGACCGAUCUCCUUGUUACGGAAUCCCCUAGUUUUGGGUGCGCCCUAAGUCUGGCUCCUAGGGGGUCAUUCUCUAGGGUCAGGGAUUUUGACUCGCUUUCCAAGGACAAUGUCUAUGAAAACAACCGGCUGGCCUUUGAGGUGGCGGAGCGGGAGCUGGGCAUCCCGGCCCUGCUGGACCCCAACGACAUGGUCUCCAUGAGCGUUCCCGACUGCCUUAGCAUCAUGACCUACGUGUCUCAGUAUUAUAACCACUUUACCAACCCCAGCCCAGCCGCCGUCUCUCCACCCAGGAAAUACCCAGCAGCUCCUUCCUCUUCCUCCUCUGAAGCAGCUCCCCAUGCCGACGCUGAAGGUAGCAGGAUCCAGGAGGAGGAGGGGGUGGCUCCCGAAAGCCUGGCGGAGCAGGGCUCCCGCAGCAUCCCCAGCAGCUCCUGUGCUGCGUGUCAACAGCACGUCCACUUGGUGCAGCGGUACCUGGUGGAGGGCAAGCUCUAUCACCGCCAGUGCUUCAGAUGUAAGGAGUGCUCCAGCACCCUGCUCCCCGGAGCCUACAAGAACGGGCCAGAGGCAGGCACAUUUGUGUGCACCCAGCACCGGGGCAAGCUGGGCCCCCUGGGCCGGACAGAGGGGACGCCCAGAGUGGCCCCGCAGCACCCAGAGGGGGCAGACGGGGCAGAGGCAGCCGGCGUGGGGGAGGAUGGUGAAGAUCCUGCCAUCUCCAGGAGGGACCGGGGGGAGCUGAAGCCCACGGAGCCCCUGCCUCAGCCUCUGUCCAAACCCCCGCUCCCUAGUAAGCCGCAGGAGCUGGCCUCUCCGCCAGCUGUCCGACCGACCCCCGCCCCGAGGAAGGCCUCGGAGACGUCCGCCUCGUCCGCCAGCCCCCAGCCUGUCCCUCGACCCCGCUCCAGUGUGCAGGGGGAGAGCGCUGGAGAGCAGGGUGGCUGCCUGGUGAAUGGAAGGGUGCAUGAAUCCAGCCCCCCGGUCCCUAAACCGAGAGGGACACCCAAGGCCUCUGAUAGAGCUGCAGCCCCAAAGAAGAAGGACCCACCAUGGAUCGCCCUGGUGCAGGCAGAGCCCAAGAAGAAGCCAGCGCCUCUCCCACCCGGCAGCCGCCCAGAGAUUCCCUCGCGGCCUGCAGAGGGAGAAGAGAGCCAAGGAGAGCCGAGGCCAGCCACGCGAGAGCCCAAACCCUACAACCCCUUUGAGGAUGAUGAGGAAGACGAGGCGGCAGCAGCCCCGCCUGGCCCAACCCCCACCGAGCAGACCCCCAAGAGCCUGCACCCCUGGUACGGCAUCACCCCCACCAGCAGCCCCCGCACGAAGAAGCGGCCAGCUCCGCGAGCGCCCAGCGCCUCCCCCCUGGCUCUGCACCCUGGCAGCCUCCCUGCGCCUCGACUCUCGCACUCAGAGCCGCCCUCUUCGACCCCGUCGCCGGCCCUCAGCGUGGAGAGCCUCUCCUCAGAGGGCUCUGUUCCGGCCUCUGGCGAGCUGGAGCCCCCUGCGGUGCCCAAGAGCUCCUCCGAGCCCACCGUCCACGCCCCUGGGGCCCCCACCAGCCUCUCCGCCACCUCUUCCGUCUCCUUCUCCGAAGACAUAGCCCAGCCCUGCCUGGACCAGGCCCCCCCCAGCCCCUCCGCCAGCCAAGCCAAGGGCGCCCCGGGCCCGCAGCCCACCCAGCCCUGCGUCGGGGCCGCCCCCACCCCACUCCUGUUGGUCACAGAGAGGAGCCCUCCGUCCCCCCAGCUGCAGGUGAAGUCCUCCUGCAAAGAGAACCCCUUCAAUCGGAAGGCGUCCCCCAUGUCCUCCCCCGCCACCAGGAAGACCCAGAAGGGAGCCAAGCCUGUGCGGCCGCCUGCCCCUGGACACGGCUUCCCCCUCAUCAAACGCAAGGUCCAAGCUGACCAGUACAUCCCCGAGGAGGAUCUCCAUGGGGAGAUGGACGGCAUCGAGCGGCAGCUGGACCAGCUGGAGCAUCGCGGGGUGGCCCUGGAGGAGAAACUCCGCAGUGGGCAGAACGACAGCCAUGAAGAUGAUCUUUUGGUGGACUGGUUCAAGCUUAUUCACGAGAAGCACAUGCUGGUCCGGCGGGAGUCGGAGCUCAUCUACGUCUUCAAGCAGCAGAAUCUGGAGCAGCGCCAGGCUGACGUGGAAUACGAGCUGCGGUGCCUUCUCAACAAGCCCGAUAAGGACUGGACGGAGGAAGACCGGGGACGGGAGAAGGUGCUCAUGCAGGAGCUGGUGACCCUCAUCGAGCAGCGCAACGCCAUAGUGAACUGCUUGGAUGAAGACCGGCAGAGGGAAGAGGAGGAAGACAAGAUGUUGGAGGCCAUGAUCAAGAAGAAAGAGUUUCACAAAGAGGCAGAAGCCGGGAUGAAGAAGAAAGGCAAAUUUAAGACCAUGAAGGUGCUGACGCUGCUGGGAACCAAGCAAGAUUCCAAGAGCAAGGCCACCAAGGACAAGAGCUAAGAGCGGCGUGGCGUGCGCCACCGCCUGCCUUCCUCCCCGUGUAGGCUGGGCUGUCCCUUCCCCUGGGGGUCUUCCAGGACCAGGCGGAGGACUCUGGGAAAGGGGUCCCCAGGCAAUGACUUCUCCCUUCUUUCCAUCCUCAGGCUGAGCGGGGCCAAAGAGCUCCCUCUUUCCCGUGGCUGUGGGUGCCGGGGAGUAGACUAUUUAUUCGGCGGUGUUUUUAUGGUUGUUGUUACUGUUAUUAUUAUUAUUAUUAUUAUUAUUAUUAUUAUCAUUAUUAUUAUUAUUAUUAUUGACUAACUGAGCAGGCAAGGAUCUGGGGGGUCCCCCCCCCCGCUUUACUCUGCCCCACCCCCACCCAACCCCUCUCCUCCCCACUUCCGGAAAGGCUCCAUGGCAGCAGAAGCGUGCCUCUCCUCCCCACCGCAGGAGCUUUUUGUUAAAUGAUCAGAUGGGUUGAAGGUCAGUGCUGACCUGCAGAUGGGGGCUGCCUUGGUCGGUCUCAUGGCAGACGGAGGAACAGAAGAGGCUGCCAGGAGAUUCCUUCCCACAACACUGGAAGGCAGCAGGAAGUGACUCCUCAUAGUCAAUACCACAAGCCCUCUCCCUUCUCUCGAUACUUUUCAGUUUCCCGUGCUAGAGAGCUCCUGGCUGGAGCCCGGCUCUCACCAAUGCCUGUCACUUGGCUCCUAACGAAGGACGUCUCCACGUGCCAUGGCUGGAGCCGAAGGCUCAUUCCACUUCUUUAUGAGAAGGGGAGCCCCAGAACGGAUCCUCUGCAGAAGGGGAAGGGUCCUCUCUACUCCAGAAGUUCCCGUCUUGUCCUGCUCAGCUCUUCCAGGGCCACCGUCUUCACUCCCCACAGCUGGGCUGGCCCAGUGACCUCUAAGGCCCGGCUGGCGUGGCCAGAGAGCUCAGUGAAAGGUCACACUGUGUUAUCUUGGGGGUUUCUUUUCCCCAGAAUAAAUGGAACCCAAUUAAACUUGCCA